AGGUGGGAGAUAAAGUUGAAGGAUUGCAGAUUCAGUGUAUUAUCGACGAAACCACACUUAACAAGGCUUGGCAUAAGCUUAAUCUGGCAAUAAAACAAGCGGCAAAUAACAAUAUCAAAAAUAAAUUGGUAGUCAUGAGAGGCUUCGAAGCAAGGACUAAAAAGGCCUCGAUUUUGCACAAAGCACUAGUUAAAAUAAAUAAGGUAAUGAAAUAUUUAAAAGAGUUGAAACAAUCUUUAAAUCUGAGCACAGCUGUAGAAGGAAUAAACAAAAAACUCGAGAAGAUAAGCGAAAUGAUACAAUGUGGAAAAAUGGAACUGAUAGAAGAAGAUUUAGAACACACAAACAUUCAAAAAAGUAUACUAAAAAUCAAGGAAAUCAGAAGGUUGAUCCACAAAUGUAGACAGGAAGAAAACAAUAGUGAGAUUAGAGAGGAAAUAGCAGAAGCAAUCGAAAGAAGAGAGAACAACCUUCAAGCCAACACAAAGAAGAUGAUAGAUAGUGUGUUGAAGAGGAGACGAGCAAGAGUAGAGAUAGAAAAUAUAAAAAAGGGAGAAGAAUUGUUAGUAGAAGCAGAAAAAAUCAAAGAAGAGGUUAGAGCACAUUUUAGAAAUUGGACAAGAGAAAACAAAAGUAAUUGGGACUUCUGGGAGGAAUGGAAGGCAGAGUAUGAACCUAAGAAAGAAGUCAAAGAAGAACAGUAUGAGUCACUGAUUAAAAAAGUGGAGAUGCAAGAGUUGAUGACUACUAUCGCAGAGGCAGGCUCGAACAAAGCAAUGGGGCCCGAUGACAUUUCAAAUGAGAUGAUCAAACAGUUACCACAAAACGUACUAGAAGUUCUGUUAGAAAUAAUAAACUUUGCAAUAGACACAGGAAUAACACCGAAGGCGUGGAGUUAUGGGCUGGUCUACCCUAUAGGCAAGAAAGAAACGUUUGAUGGAGACCUGAGACAAACUAGACCGAUAACCUUAAUAGGGCACGCUCGAAAAAUCAUGACCAAAUUGCUGACAAUAAGACUCAAUAGGAUCCUAGUAAAAACAAAAAUACUUAAUCCAAAAAACAAUUCAGCGUUACCACAUACAUCGACAGCAGCACCAAUUAGCUGGCUAGCGAACAUACAGGAGGAUGCUUGGUUAAACAAGAAGGAUUUUUG